CUUGCAUUUCACCAGGAUGUCUACAAAAAUGACUGCAGUUCUGCUGCUGCUACAGCUGAGUAGUCACUUUGAUUCUGGAAGUUGUGGAAAGGUGCUGGUGUGGACAAUGGAAUUCAGCCAUUGGAUCAACAUGAAAGCAAUACUGGAGGAGCUCACACAGAGGGGGCAUGAGGUGACUGUUUUGAAACCUUCAGGUUUCUUUUUUGUGGAUGGAGAUAAAUCAUCUGCCAUUAAAUUUGAGAGUUAUCCAUCAUUGGCCAGCGAAAAUGAAGAGAGGUAUUCUAUUGAGUCAUUCAAUGUAAUGAUUUAUGAGAUGCCAAAACAACCAUUUUGGAAAUAUUUUUCAACAUUUCAAGAAAUUAUGAGUCUACAUUCUGAUAUUGUAGAGAAUAUAUGUAGAGAUGCAGUUUUGAACCAGAACCUUAUGGCAAAACUACAGGAAGCAAAGUUUGAUGUUGUUCUUUCCGAUGCCAUUUGUCCCUGUGGUGAGCUACUGGCUGAAAUUCUUCAAAAACCAUUUGUGUACACUCUCAGAUUCUCUCCUGGAUACACAGUGGAAAAGUAUAGUGGGGGACUUCUCUUUCCUCCUUCCUAUGUACCUAUUAUGUUUUCAGAACUAAGUGAUCAAAUGACAUUCAUUGAGCGGGUAAAAAAUAUGCUAUACAUGAUUUAUUUUGACUUUUGGUUUGAAUCAUUUAAUGAGAAGAGAUGGAAUCAGUUUUACAGUGAGAUACUAGGACGACCUACUACAUUGUCAGAGACAGCGGCAAAAGCAGAUUUCUGGCUCAUUCGCACCUACUGGGAUUUGGAAUUUCCUCGCCCAAGCCUACCAAAUGUUGAUUUUGUUGGAGGACUCCACUGCAGACCUGCCAAACCUCUGCCUAAGGAAAUGGAAGACUUUGUCCAGAGCUCGGGAGAGAAUGGUGUUGUUGUGUUUUCUCUGGGGUCCCUGGUUGGUACCUUGAAUGAAGAAAGAGCCAAUGUGAUUGCAUCAGCCCUUGCCCAGAUUCCACAAAAGGUUCUAUGGAGAUUUGAUGGCAAGAAACCAGAUACCUUAGGACCCAACACUCGACUGUUUAAGUGGAUUCCCCAACGUGACCUCCUUGGUCAUCCAAAAACCAAAGCUUUCAUAACUCAUGGUGGAACCAAUGGCAUCUAUGAGGCCAUCUAUCAUGGCAUCCCUAUGGUUGGCAUUCCUUUAUUUGCGGAUCAAUAUGAUAGUAUUUCUCACAUGAAGAUCAAGGGAGCAGCUGUUAGAUUGGAUUUUAACACAAUGUCAAGUACUGAUUUGCUUAAAGCAUUGAAUACAGUCAUAAAAGAACCUUCAUAUAAAGAGAAUGCUAUGAGAUUAUCACGAAUUCACCAUGAUCAGCCAGUGAAGCCUCUGGACCGAGCUGUCUUCUGGAUAGAGUUUGUCAUGCGCCACAAAGGAGCUAAACACCUCCGGAUUGCUGCCCAUGACCUCUCCUGGUUCCAGUACUACUCUCUAGAUGUGGUUGGGUUCCUGCUGGCCUGUGUGGUGACGGUGAUAUUCAUCAUCACUAAAUGUUGUCUAUUUUGUUGUCAGAUGUUUGCAAAAACAGGAAAGAAGAAAAAAGGGGAGUAACUUAUUAGACCCCAAGCUGGGAGUUCUGACAUGUGGGCCUUUUCCACUUUACUCCAGCAAGAGUACAUUACAAUGCUAGACACCCUUCUGUCUGUGAGAAAGCAAAUUUUCACAAAGGAACUAACCAACUCAAAGUUUCUUUUUCAAAGAUUUAAUUUCUGGUUAAGGGGUAUAAACAUGUCAGGCCAAAGAAAAAUCAAAUGUUGGGAAAUAUUAAACUAUAUGAAACUGUAGAAAUUAAAUAUUGUAAUUUAUUAGUCAUAAUACAAAAAUGACUACUUUAAUUAUGAUUAUUUAUUGAGACAUAAACAGUGAGGAAUUACUCAUAUGGUCUCUUAAAUCCUCAGCCUGCUUUAACUUCAUUUUGGUGCAGAAUUUUGUGCAUUUAACAUCCUUCAAGAAACACUCAAUGAUUACAAUUGAGUAAAAAGCCCAACUCUUCCCUUUGGGUUUGAGACACCAGUGUCGCUGCUGUCUUUUACCAUAAAUCCAGCCUCAGCAUCACUUUUCUCUGAAGCAUCUGCAAAGACGUUGGCCUUGUUCCAGCUAAGUUACUUCCCAAUAGAAUGUCUGUGUAAUUACAAACAUAAUGAUUCCUAUCUGUUUUCUACUGUACAGUUGAGCUACUGAAGAUAACAUUUGGUUUCAUUAACUCAUUGUUAUUUACAGCAGAAUGCUGGUUGUACUAGUUGACAAUUUCACCAACAGUGUGAAAGCAUUCCUUUUUCUCCACAUUCUCUCCAGUGUUCAUUAUUCUUUUUAUUCUAGAUGACUACCAUUCUUACUGUUAUGAGAUAAAAUCCCAGUGUAGUUUUGAUUUGAAUUUCCAUGGAGGUUAAAGAUAUUGAAUAUUUUUUUCAUAUUAUUUUUGGCCAUUUGUAUUUCUUCUUUUUAGGAGUAUCUGUUAAAUUCAGUUUCCAGUUUGUUAGUUUGGUUGUUUGGUGCAAAGUGUUUUUGAAUUCUUUAUAUAUUCUAGUUAUUAAUCCUCUAUCAGAAGGUACCUAGUAAAGAUUUUCUUGUAUUCUGUAAGUUCUAUCUUCACAAUACUAAUGGUUUCCUUUGCUGAGCAGAAGUGUUUUAAUUUGAUGUCUUAUGAUUUAUUUACUCUCGGCAUGAUCUCCUGAACUUUAGGAAUUUUAUUGAGAGGGUGGUUGCCUGUGCCUCUAUGCUGAAGUGUUGACCCUACAUUUUCUUCUAGGAGUUUUUGUGACUAUGGUUCUGUGGUAUAAUUUGAAAUCAUAUAUUGUGAAGCCUCCAGCAUUGUUUUCUGGGAUUAGAAUUGCUCUGGCUAUUCUGGGUCUUUUGUUCUUCCAAAUGAAAUUUAGGACUGUUUUGUCUAGUUCUGUGAAGAAUGACUGGUAUAUUCAUGUGAAUUGCAGUGAAUUUGUACAUCACUUUGUUUAUACGGCCAUUUUAACAAUAUUAAUUCUGCCUAUCCAUGAACAGGGAGAUCUUUCCAGCUUUUGAGGUCUUCUUUAAUUACUUUCUUCAAUGUUCUACAGUUUUCAUUUAAGAGGUCUUUCACCUCCUUGGAAAACUUAUGUUUAAAAGUUAGAGGAAUUACAGGAAGGAAUUUGAAAUAAUUCUUUAUGUAUCUCAUCUAAAAAUUUAGACAUAUUAAAGACAAACACAGCCAAUACCAUCAGCUGUUAAAAAAUAUUAUUAAAUUAUGAAGCCUGAAUUAGUUUUCAUCCAGCUAGUAUGCCACACAUGUAGAACAAAAGAUAGGUAUUCGUCAAAUAGUGAUAAAUAUUACAAAUCAUCAAACAAAAAUAUAAAUAACCAUUAUGGGAAUAAAUGAUGGAAUGGAUUGGCAGUCACAAAAGUGAAAUGACUAAUAGCAUAUAAAAGAUGACAAUAGUCACAAAAGGAAAUAGAAGUAAUUUAUUAAAAUUCAAUAAAUUUUAAUAAAUCCUGUCAGCAAGUUAUGAGUGGAAGGAAAAUAUCUCAACAAAAUUGAAGACACAUAUGCCAGACAUACAGAUAACAUGAUAUUGAACAGGGGAAAGUCAAAAUUUUUCCUUUAAGUUUGGGAGCCAGAGAAGGAUGCUUAUUUUCACUACUCUUAUUCAAUAUAUUAUUUGAAGAUCUAUCCAAAACAAUUAACCAAAGAAAGAAAGAAUGUUCAUCCAAAUUGGAAAGGAAGGAGUCAAACUACCACUGUUUUGAUUCUGCAUGAUCUUAUACUAGGAAGCCAUACUCACUCCACCAGAAAUAUUUUGGAUGUAAGAAAAAAGACAACAGAUGAAGCAGACUUCAUAAUGUUAUUGGAUACAAGAUAACCAUACAAAAAUGACAAGUAUUUCUAAACACAAAUAAGAAACUACCUAGAAAGUGAAGAAAUCCAUCCAAUUUUUAAUAGUUAUUGUGACGAGUUGACAUAUUUGACUCUCUGGAAAUGUUAUAGGCCAGGUUAUAUGGGCAAUGACUAAACAGACUCCAUUUUACCUUGAUACUCCAUGUUAUGUAGGAAUUGCUUCUCCCAUGGGAACACCCCACGU